GUUUUCUCUUUUUCCCAGAGAGGAAUGGAGGACAGAGAGUGUUUUUUUGGGAUGGGAACUGAACCAGACUAAUUUCUGACUAACAUCCAGGACAUCUCUUACAUGCAACUUCACAAUAUAUUACACAAACACUAGUGAAUGAUUUUUCCAAUACCUCUGCAAAAUAGAAGUGUUAAUAUUAUUGCCCUGUUUUACAGAUAGAGAAGGUCAACUCAUAAUUUCUGCAUCUCCUGUACCUACAAUUCCACACCUGGUAGGAUCUGUAGCAUCAGGGAAGAGCUCCUUACUUCACAUUUCUGUGAGAUAUCAGUUGCAAUAACAAGUAUGUGAAAUGCCAGGACUUCAUCAGGAGAUCCUGGAGAUACAAGUACUGGUAUUGAAACAAAGAUAUGAACUUCUAUUUCUCUUUAAAUUUCAUUCCUUUAUAAGCGCCCUGUGCAAACCUGUACACCUGCAUGACCUUCGGCUGAGAUCAACUGAUGGGCAGGACUUGCUGCACCUGUGGCAUAUUCAUGCUAUCAGACAGUCCCAGCCAUGGUAGAAUAGGGAGAAAGGGUGAAGCCAGUUAGCACAGGCUGGAGGUUUCACCUUGUACAUACUGAAAUACUGGAGGGGUCCAGGAAUAACUAUAGGCCUGUGAGCCUAUAAAGGUAGAGCUGAGCAGCCCUGAUGUAAGGUUCAGUGAGGUGGGGCUGUCGGACCAAUGCUGGGUUUCUGCCCAUGAUGGUGGGCGAAUGUUUUCUCUCCACCAGCUGGCAGUUCUUGUUUGUGACAUGAGCACGACUCUGACUGGGCUGGACAAGCUCCAUGGGUUCAACGUGGGUUUGCAAGGCUGGAUGCUAAUGAAACUGCUGCCCCAGAGGUGGAGGGGGGGCCACAGCAUGCCCCUGCCCUCCUUGCUUGCUGCAAACCAACCAUGCAGCAGAGGUCCAGUAGCCCUUUGACCAACACACGCUAAGAAAACAGUGGCCAUGGUGACAUCAGCCAAGCUGUGACAAAGCAUGGAACUCAGAGGCAUGGAAAGCUGCAGGUGGAGCCCACCACCUGCAAGGCAGCCCUGCUGGCCAGGGGCUGCCCUCUGCCUGAAGUGCCCUAAGAAGAAAAGAGAUCCAGCAGAAUAACAACAAAAAUGAGGAAUGAAGAGACCAGAUUCUGCAAAAACUGAAUGUGGUGAACCAGUUGCCAGAAAGGAUAUGAAAGACCAUCAAACUGAAGCACAUGAGCAGGUCAGAUGUAAUCUUUGUUGCCAAAGUAUGCAGCAAUACCAGCUGGAGCAUCACAAAAAUAAUUUCUGUGCAACCCAUAGUGCACCACCAUCUUCCUGCUCUCUGGCUCCCUCUUCCAGCUCUGCAUGGAAAGACAUUUCUCCCAGAGGGAAAAAAAGAGAACAUCCAUUGACCUCCAAAACCUUGCUCAAACCUCCAAAGAACAAAAAGGUGGUUGGCAUUCACUCCCCCACAAGAAGCAAACUUUCCAUAUCACCUCAAGUUCUUAAAGACACUCAAUCUUACAGCAUGCUGGGAACCUGCGCCCACUGCAACACUACUCUGCCACUUCCAGCCCAUCAGAAACAUCAGAUCAAAUGCCCAAAUUUUGUAUCUUUGAAAAAUGUUAAGAUGAACCAAAAACCACGCAGUGGAAAAAAAGCAAAGAACGGAGUGUUUUUCAGAUUCGUGGAGUUAAGUUUGGAAAGGACCUCCAGAGCUCAUCAGGUCCAAUGCUCCUGCUCAGUAGGAAUACCUAGAAGAGUUUACCCAGGACCAUGUCCAGACAGCUUUGAAAAAUUGACAAGGGGGGAGACUCCAUUACCUUUUUGCGAGAGCUACUUUCCAGAAACCUACCCAAAAAAUCCAUGACUGUUUGCACUUAAUCAAAUAAUAUAUUUUUCAGGAAACUGAUUUAGCAAGCAUUGCUUCAGAGCCAGUAUGUUUGCAGUCUCUUGCUUCACACCUGCACAUACACAUUGUGCCUCUCAAGUUAUGCUACUCUGAACAGGGCAGUACCUUCCCUAUUGUAAGCAGAGAUCAGCACAAAGAUUUCAUAGAACAGAUGUUCUGUCCAAGGCCAGUCAGACUUCUCCAGUGCUGAGGGAAACCUUAGAGAAUUGUUUCAGAAGACAGGAAGAAAAAAUUAUUUUGUCUCCACAGUAAAAAUUGCAUCUUCAGUAGAACCACAUUGACAUAGGUACAUAGAAAGAACUGAUAUAGAAAUCCUGGAUAAUACUUCCAGCUGAGCUUGGUCUGAUUCAUAGAUAGUGAGUCUCUUUCUUCUGUAUAUCUCAUGUACGGUGUGAAUCAUAUCACUUUGCUAACAUUCCUAUCUGUGUUUCAGUUUCUAAGCAGUAUCAUUUAUUUUCAGUCUAAUUAAUUAAAUGAAUAAAUGUAGUUUUUCUCAGCCUAUCCUUUUCUGCUUGGUUCAAUAAAUGAAGUUUUAUUUCUUUGUCUAAAACUUUCCUCUCCUGCUAAAUGAAGGAAAAUACCAAAGUGAGAAAUAAUGAGUUUGCAUAGUUUUGAAUUACAGGACCCAAAUCUUGAAAUAAAAGUAAUCCAUGAUAGUUAAAUGGAUUAUUUGACUUGCACUGUCUUUCUUUAUAUUGCUCUACAUAGAAAUGACAUAGAGACAGGGGGGCAAUAAGACUGAAACUCUA